CCCCACGCCUCUCUCUGGGGUGGGUGUUCGUCCACGUACUACGUACGUCCACGUCGCUGCCGCACACGCCCCCCCCCCCCCCCACCUCGGUCUCGGCUGCUGGGGGCCAGUCUGCGCGGAUGACCGGCCGAGCCUCCUCCCGCCGGCUCCCGGGGCUGAGUGAGGGGACUCGGUCGGGGAGAUUUGGGGCGCGUGCGGCUGACGUUUCGGGUCUCCGAGCGCCGGCCCCACCUCCCCAGUUCUUCCAAGUGAGCUGGUCUCCCCGCUUUCAGAGCACCCCUUUCCGGGAUAAGGCAUCACCUGGGCCAGGGGCAGCGUCCCCGGCCGCUGCCUCCCCUCCCCCCCGAGUCACUUCCCCAUUUUCUCCCCGAGCCCGGCCCUCCGGGGCUGCCCAACCCCUCACACUCAAAGCAGAUGCGGGAUGGGAGGAAGGAGGGCUGGGAUCCAGCCAACUCCGUGGGGACCUGGAUUCCCAGGAAGAAUGGCAGCGACCCAGUGCGGAUGGGGCAGCCAGGCAGGCAGACGGGAAGAGGGAGGUGAUGCUGUACAAACCGAUGUAAAGACCCACGUAACAACGUGUGUGAGCCGUCUGCAGGGCUGGCUCAGCCUCUGAGAAGCGAAGAAUCCAGUUUCAACCAGGCGGCGGAUCAAAAAAGAUGCCAUCGCGGUGUCGGCGGAGGCUUCCUUCCACUGACCCUGCGGGCGAAGACGCCUGGGUUACUCCAGCGGAACACACUCCGCGCGGCCCAUGUCCCGCCACCGGAUACCGUGUUGAAGGAAUAAUUUCAGAAUCAACAUCUAAACUAGCUGAUUUCCUCUACAAGCCUGAAAUUAGAAUUAAAUGGGACAAAUCACUGAAAGUGUACAGUAUAAUACACAAGAUUGAUUCGGACACAUUCAUAUGUCAUGCCAUUACACAAAGUUUUGCCAUGGGCUCAAUUUCCCCCCGAGACUUUGUCGACAUAGUGCACAGCAAGUGCUAUGAAGGGAAUGUGUAUGUGAUCAGUUCUAAAAGUGUGGAUUUUCCAGGAUAUCCUCCAUCUUCACAUUACAUCCGUGGUUAUAACCAUGCUUCUGGCUUUGUCUGUUCACCUCUGAAAGAUAAUCCAGCGCAUUCCAAAGUAGUGAUGUUUGUCCAGACAGAAAUGAGGGGGAAAUUGUCCCCAUCAAUAAUUGAAGCAACUAUGCCUUCCAACUUAGUGAACCUCAUCCUCAAUGUAAAAGAUGGAAUAAAGACACACAAAGCUCCCCCAGAACGUGGACGUCAUCAUAGCUGCCACUCGCUCCGUAAGAAGAAAUGAGGCUGUUGAUAAUGAGGCCAUAUAAAAUCAUGUGUAGCAGUUACUGCAGUUUACUUCUAAGUCAAUAUGCAUAAUGACUGUUAAACUAUUCUGGACAGUAUUCUUGUACACAUUACUGAAGGUACAUUGUGGAAAUGAGAACUCAUACAAGAGGACAGCCUUAAAUAUAGUUUUGAAUCGCAUAUAAGACUGAUGUUCAAUAACAAGUGUUUUUUGUUUUAUUUUUUUUUAAUUAUAUUUUUAUUGAUUUCAGAGAGGAAGGGAGAGGGAGAGAGAGAAACAUCAAUGAUGAGAGAAACAUGGAUUGGCUGCCUCCUGCACGCCCCCUACUGGGGACUGAGGCCACAACUCGGGCCUGUGCCUUGACAGGGAAUCAAACCAUGGCCUCCUGUUUCAUAGGCUGAUGCUCAACCACUGAGCAACACCGGCUCGGCCAAUAACAAGUGUUCUUUUUCUUUUUUAAUAUAUUUUUAUUGAUUUUAGAGAGGAAGGGAGAGGGAGAGAUAGAAACAUCAAUGAUGAGAAUCAUCCAUCAGCUGCCUCCUGCAUACCCCCUACUGGGGAUCGAGCCUGCAACCCAGGCAUGCACCCCUGACCUGAAUCAAACCCGGGACCCUUUGGUCCCCAGGCCAACGCUCUAUCUACUGAGCCAAACUGACCAGGGCAACAAUUGUUCUUAAUGCCCUUUUAUCUUUUGCUUUUUCCCCCUGGAAAAUGUUCUGCAAAAAAGUCAAUAAGAAAGCAUAAAUAGUAAGAGAUCAUCACUAAUUAAAGAUUAAAAUAUAUUUUAAAUUGGUUUUCCUUCACUUACUGCUUAAAAUUGAUAAUUGUAAGAAACAUGAACAUAAAACUGAAAAGAAUUACACUGGAAUUAUGACCAAUGAUAUCUAGCAUUUAAAAUUGAAUAAGUCAUGAAUCAAGUUCUGGUUCUAGCCAAGAUGUAGUAGCCCAUCCUCCCAAGUCCUUUUUCUCUUACAAGUAAGAGACUCUGCACAUAACAACAAACA